AUGGCUAGGUUUAUAAUUGUUGGGGUACGGGGAGAGGCACCACCACUGGCUUCAGUUGUUGAAAAUGCAGUACUUCCACUGGCCUCGUACGAUGACGAUGAUGGUGAGGAAGAGCAUUUUGGAAACGGAAAUGUCAGGAACCGUAAUCGGUCUAUUGAUUUGAGGAGGGAUUGCCCUUAUCUUGAUACAUUUAAUCGACAGGUUUUGGAUUUUGACUUUGAGAAAUUUUGCUCAGUUUCCCUCUCCAAUUUGAAUGUUUAUGCAUGUUUGCCUUGUGGGAAGUUUUCUAGGGAACAAGUUGAGCAGCUUUACAAGAAUAAGCAGUGGUCUAGGGCUCUUGACGGAUCAGAUUAUCUCCCCGGAAUGGUGGGACUGAAUAACAUCAAGGAGACCUAUUUUGUUAAUGUGACUAUUCAAUCCUUAUUGCGAGUUACUCCUCUGAGGAAUUUUUUCCUUAUCCUAGAGAACUAUCAGCACAGCAAAUCUCCGCUUGUUCAUCGGUUUGGAGAGCUUACACGAAAAAUUUGGUAUGCAAGAAACUUCAAGGGACAGGUAUUCAGGUUAGUUCUCAUGAGUUCUUGUAAGCGGUUAUGA